GAAAGAAUUUGAAUGUUUUUGCCCUCAAUCAUCAUUUUGGCUCGGAAGGCUUUCUUUUCUAUCACUGUCGUUCUUAGUUUAUAUAAAAACUGAGAAGUUUCAUGACGAAAACACGUUCACUGCGAUGAGAAGGAGAGAGAGAGAGAGAGAGAGAAAGUUGGUUAGUACGAAUUUACGGCUAAGAAACAACAUUAAUUUCUAAAGGAAGAGGGAACAAAAAUAUUCAACUCCGGUUUGGUUUUCGUCAAAGUUAAAACUUUUCGACACUUGGAACAACUGCCAAAACAUUGUAGAGCGUCGCGAACAAUAUCGACCAUUCGUUUUGAAAUCCAAAAUGCGUCACAGAGGACACUAGAACGUCUCGACAUUGAGUUCUCGUUUCCACAGCUUAUGGAGCCUGGUCCUCCCACUGAUUGCACUCCACCAGGACCUCCGGAACAGACAUCAGCGAUGCUGGCAGCGAGCAUCUUGCGCCGAAGCUUCUCCUCCCACCGCCUCGGUAAAAAUGUCACCUUCUACAUGACUGAGCACAUCAAGCCUGUGCUGGGGGCUCACGACUGCGGGGACCAUAAACCUCUAACACUCCUGCUACCGUGGUUGGGAGCGCGUCCCCAGGCCGUGGCCAAAUACUGUGAAAUUUACCUCCACACCGGGUUUGAUGUGCUCGUAGUUGAGAGUGAGGUACAAGAAUUCCUGUGGCCUCGCUGGAGUUUGCAGCACGGGAAGAAGCUGCUGGAUUUGUUGCACAGCGAGCGCUUCGCAUCGCGGCCGCUGCUUGUCCACGCCUUGUCCAUCGGCGGCUUCACUUUCUCACAGCUGCUAGUGCUGGUGUCCGAGGACCCGCAGAAAUACGAGGCGCUCACGGGGAGGAUCAAAGGACAAAUCUACGACAGCCUGGUGGUGGGAUCCCUGGAGUUGAUGGCUUCAGGUGUGGCCAAGAUUGUGUUUCCUCGCUGGGAGACGCCGGUAAAACAAAUGAGCCUGCUCUACUUCAACGCCUUCAAGCGCCAAACCAUCGAGUACUACAACAGGAGUAUCAAAGUGUUCUGGAACUCUCCCGUCACCGCCCCCGCGCUCUUCUUCUACUGCGACAACGAUCCGCUGAGCAACCCGCUCGCGCUAGAGGAGUGCAUCGACUUCUGGCGGGGGCGUGGCGUGGCACUUACCGCGAAGAAGUGGGAGCACUCCAAACAUGCCGGCCACCUGAAGAUACAUCCCCAAGAGUACGUGGACACUCUGGAAUCGUUCCUCCACUCGCUCCAUAUUGUUCCGCUCAAGGCCAAGAUGUAGCAGUGAAAAAAUUACUUUCCUUAUUUCAAACUUCGCCAAAGUACUGUGACUUACUUGUGCUUAACUUCUCAGGUUCUAACCAUAUUAGUCAACUUAUGUAUUUUGCAUGUGAAACACGUAACGGUAAGUACACUAAUCUACGUUUUGGGUGCUACGCUGUAUGGCUAAAAUCAAGGAAUACUUUUGAGAUAAAGAGUCUUGAUCUUGGCUGACUGGUUAGCACAUCUGCCUCUUAGUUUUGACGAGCAGAGUUCAAAUCCGGUCUCGCCUGUGUGGAGUUUGUAUGUUCUCCCUGUGCCUGCGUGGGUUUUCUCCGGGUGCUCUGGUUUACUCCCACAUUCCCAAAAUAUGCAUGGUAGAUUAAUUGAUGUCUCUAAAUUGCUCGUAAGUGUGCAUGUGAGUGCAAAUCAUUGUUUGUCUAUAUGUGCCCUGCGAUUGGCUGGCGAUCAGUUCAGGGUAUACCCCGCCUCUCGCGCAAAGAUAGCUGGGAUAGGCACCAGCACGCCCGCCACCCUAGUGAGGAUAAGCGGUACGGUCUUGAUCUUAAGAGAAUAACAUUGGAUUUUAUCGAGACAAAGUGAUAUAUUUUUCUAGGUAGAAAGUUGUCUGUUUUCUAAAAAAAAAAUUGCGUUUUCAAGGGAAAAAUCGAAAUGAUCUCGCGACAUGUAUAUUUUUUGGAGAAAACGUAAUUUUACGAGAAUAAAGUCAUACUUUACGUCUACUAAGACAACCUGAACGAUCGAUUCAAGGCCCUGAGAAUAAAAUGAACUGGAUGAAUGAGAAUAUUCAUAGCCAUCUAUCCAUCCGUCCAUUUUCUGAGCCGCUUCUCUUCACUAGGGUCGCGGGUGUGCUGGAACCUAUCCCAGCUAUCAACGGACAGGAGGCGGGGUUCACCCUGAACUGGUUGCCAGCCAAUUGCCGGGCACAUACAAACAAAAAACCCAUUCGCACUCCCAUUCACACCUACGAGCAAUUUAGUGUCUUCGAUCAACCUACCACGCAUGU